AUGGCAUACGAACAAGAAGCCUUGGAGAAUAUGUUAUAUAAACAGGUCGCUGACAUCUGUAAAACAUUAGGUAUCAAAGUAAAGAGUACCAAAGCAUAUUUGAUCAAAGAGAUCAUGGCGCAUCAAGGAGAUGCCACCUCACCGGAUACCACUGCCAAGAAAGUAGCUGCUCCGGCUCCAAAGAAGAAUCAAGCGAACCCCAAAAGAAAAGCUUAUGAACCAGAUUCAGACGAAGAAAAAGAAGAGGAAGAAGAAAAGAAGGAAGAGGAAAAAGAUGGUGCUGAUCUUCCAGAGAAAGCAGAGGAAGAAGAGGAACCAGUUCAACCAACAAAGAGAACAAGAACUGCCACUGGUAAAGCAAUUCCAGUUGCCGCUCCAAAAAAACCAGUAGCAAAGAAAGAAGAAUCUGAAUCCGAAGUAGAAGAAGAAGAAGAAGAAGAAGAAGAACCAACUACCACAACAACAACAACAUCAAAUGUUUCAAAAGUAACAAAAGCCAUUGCCAAAUCAACUCAACCACUUGGAAAAUGGACCAUUCACAAAGAUGAAGCUUACUUUUUCCUUGAACAACAUAUCUCACGUUCCAAGAUUGCCGCUUUCGAUAUGGAUGACACAAUGGUAGAACCAAAGUCCGGUGCCAAGUUUGCCAAGUCUCGUACCGAUUGGCAAUGGUGGAAUCCAGUCGUACCAACCAUGAUGAAACAGCUUCACGACGAUGGAUAUCAGGUGAUCGUUAUUACCAAUCAAGGUGGUAUCGGUGUCAAGGUGCAAUUCGAUCUCGCCAAUUCCUUCUACGUCGGUGAUGCCGCCGGUCGUCCAGACGGUUGGAAGCCAGGCAAAAAGAAGGAUUUCGCCGCCUCUGACAAGGGUUUCGCCAUGGCAUCGAAUAUCGACUUCAAAACACCCGAAGAGUUCUUCCUCAAAGAGGCACCGACCACCGCCAUCAACUCGAAAUUCGUCGUGCCCAAAGCAACCACUUCUGGUCCAGAGCUGCAAGGCGACGACCAAACCGUCGUCUCGAAAACUCAGGAGUUGGUAAUCAUGGUCGGUUGGCCGGCAAGCGGUAAGAGCACCUUCACCAAGAAGCACUUUAUUGCCGCUGGCUACGCGUGGGCCAAUCAAGACACUCUCAAGGUGAAAGCUAAAGUUCAGAAGUUCGCAGAGGAACAGCUCUCCCAAGGCAAAUCGGUGGUGAUCGACAACACCAAUCCAACCAAGGCAGCACGUAAGGAGUACAUCAACAUCGCCAAGCGACACGGUGUUCAAGUGCGUUGCUUCCACAUGCAGACCGACCGUGAAACCUCCUACCACAACAACUAUCAUCGUGAGAGAACCCUCGAUGUCAAGCACGUUCCAACCAUGGUAUAUCACAUGUACAACAAGAAUUUCGAGGCACCAGAACUCAGCGAAGGUUUUAAGGAAAUCAAAAAAGUAAACUUUGUUCUCGCAUUGGAUCCAAAGCAUGAGUCAUCCUACAAGAUUCCAGUACCAAACACAGCCAUUUCAGGAACUUAA